AUGGUUCCUGUGGCAGACGAAAAUCGGAAAUCCUUUGGCUGUCAGGCUUGUGGAACCACCUUUGUAAGAGCCGACGUGCUUCAAAGGCACCUGAAGAAAUGUGCAGGAAACCUCAAUCGCGAUGCCGUGGAGAAAGGCAUCCCAGCCGUUAGCGACGGGAUUACCGCAUCUUUACGACAGGAAACCAUGGCGGGGGAUCAGGCUACCCAACCUGUUCCCACAGUGGAACACGAUACACCUCCGGACUCAUUCAUCCUAUGUUAUUCUGAACGCCAGCUGGAUCAUGGCACAGAAGUUCGCCAGCAGGCCCAACACCAGCAGCCCACGCCAGGUGUUCAGCGACACCCGCUGGGUCAAGGACAGCCUGAUUCGGAUCAAGUGAUGCUUUGUAAUACUAUCGCUACACAGCUGGAGGCGACAAUUUCCCAACCGGUCACCGCUUUCCCUAAUCCACUAUACUUCGGUUCGGGCAAUUUCAUUAACCAGCCGCUCGAUGCUAUAGUCUCGCAGGAAAAUGGGCUCGCGAGCUUGCCCAACUUUAACCCCAGUGACUUCACCUUCUUGGAGGACGCUCUGCUUCCUGAAUUCAGCUUCGAUGCCCUCGGGCUCAGCCCUGCUAUCGAACUACUAUCAGAAGUACCCGAAACAGGACGAGGAUUCUCGAUCGCCACCGAAAUUCUCUCAAGCCGAACACGUCACGUAACGCCGACGCCGUCACCAAACGACGCUCCCGAAGCUCGGCCUGAGUACCAAGCGGCUAACUAUGCAUUUAGAGCAAUUCGUUGCUCAGAGGAAGAUGCUGCAACUGUUCAACGAGCAUUCGUCAAAGCCAAUGCCUUGGCAACCGAUCUCCAAGCAAGCAUUCCCACGCGCUCACGCAUCUCCAGAUGGCUGAAUGCCUAUUUUGAAUACUUCGAUCCCCAUACACCUAUCGUUCAUCGACCAACCUUCGUCAUCUCCACCACUCCUGGUGAGUGCGCAAUCCCUAUCGCGUGA